AAAUGUAAGCACAUGACGUCAUAUUUCGCGAGUUGGGAGCACGUGGGAGGAGCAGGAGACGCGAGACGUACGCAUGGCGGCCAGGGCACAGGUGUUGUCCCUCUUCCGCGCCCUGCACAAGACGCGGAGGCACGUGUUCCGGGACGACGCGGCGAGCCUGGAUGCCGUACGGAAAAUGAUCAACGUGGAGUUUGAGAAGAACCGGCAGGAGUUGUCACCCGACAAGAUCACCGAGCUGCUCAAGUUUGGCAGCGACGUGGAACUGGUUCUGAGGACGUCUGUGGUGCAAGCAGAGGUCAUGGAGUCCGGGGCCCUGCGCAUCAACCCAUCCAAGGAGCACAUGGAGGAGGGCCCUCCGCCUGCCGGGAGCAUUCCUAAGUGCUGUUAACAAGAGCUCAUCACUGGCACCUGUCCCCCUCCCCCACUCCGUCAUCUACCCUGCACUGGCCCCCCAGGACCCCCUAAGGGCACCCCAAGGGUCCCCCGAGUGUCCCACCGAGGGCUCGCAGGAACCGCCACGCUGAGACCCGUCGUCGGGUCCCAAGAGCUAAGCAGGGUUGAGCUUGGAUAGUGCCUGGAUAGGUAAUGACCACCAUGCACAUGGGUUUGCAAUAGGCUGCUGCAGAUGUACGUUGUGGACAGAAGGCAGUACGGAAAGAUCCAUUGUUGUAUUUUACUUCUAUGCCCCCCAUCCCCCCCGCCACCACCGCCAACCUGCACUGACCAGCAUGGUGAAGUACGGCCGAACAACCCUCCGCGCACAACCUGCACGGUGCGGGAGGCCCUUGUUCAGCAGUGCAUCGACAAACGGGGCUCUGCAUUGUUACAUUGUUACUGCAAGCAUGCGCUCGCUUGCCAUUCCAGCUUUUCUCAGAAUCUUGGGAAUACCAGCGCUCUGGACUCCGGACUAAAGAAGAGGGCGUGUGACGACACGUUUGCCUGGAUUUUGCUCGUCGUUUCAGGCCUGAUUUCAUGACCGAACUAUUCUCCCCAAACAGCCAAAUCUUAAGAAACGAAAUAGGGGCUCAUCAUUCAUCAGUAGGAUAAUUGGUGGAAACUUCCUCUCUCUUCACCAACACUUGAAUUGGGACCCCUCCUUUCGCCCCCAUGUUUAAAAGACAAGGCAGCCCGCGUUCUCCUGCCCGCCCUACGACUGUCGAUGUUGUCGCUUUGUCCACCAAUAAAGAGCGAUCCGCGAUG